AUAAGUCAAUCAGUAACUGCAUCUAAACUAGGAAGAGAUAGCAGUGUUGCCGUGCAAGGAUUUCUCUUUUCUGUUUCCUCUACAUCUGUUUGUUCAUUCUAAUAUGAUGUCAACAUGAUUCAUUUGUAUCAAAAAGUCACAAUUAUUCACAAUAUUUCAAUUUUUUAAUCAACUGUUUUUCAAAAUAAAUCUUAUUAUUUACUGUUUUAACAAUUGUUUUCAGAUUAUUAUUUUUAUAAUUCACGUUGGCCUAUAUGUUAAUGCCAGCUGAAGAACUGAACCACUAGUGUUACAAGGAAGUGUUAACGUGCACGUCUGUCUGCUUCUGCCCAUGUCGUACUGUUAGCUAUUGGAAACGGAGAAUUAUCAAAAUAAUAUAAAUACAGCUAAAGAACAGCAUGUGAGAGGAAACCUCUGAGAGACGACAUUAAAACAAAGUUACUCGCCUGUGCAAUGGCGAGUGAACGCUCCCCAAAUGUUCAUGGGGGUCCUCCUCCCCAGUCAGAUCUUAGACUCCUGCUGCUUGGAAGAGUAGGAGCUGGGAAGAGUACAGUAGCCAAAACCAUCCUGGGCAGAGAUAACUUCCGGAGUGAAGGAGGCAUGUGUGUGAAGAAGCAGGGUGAGGUGGCUGGAAGGACUGUCACCGUGGUGGACACCCCGGGCUGGAACACUGUGAAGUACACGUCCACACACAUCAAACAAGAAAUGAAGAAUAGUGUGACCCUAUUGCCUCCAGGACCCCAUGCUCUUCUUCUGGUGGUUCCCAUGGGCGACCCUCUCUCCUCCGCAGAAAGAAAGGCAAUUCGGUAUCACAUGGAGCUAUUGUCAGUUAGGGCAUGGAGGUUUACCAUGGUCUUGUUUGUCAGUGAGGCUGAGGAGAAAUGCACAUCCAUUGAACAGAAUCAGAUGAUCGACAGAGCAAAAAGUAUUCUAGCGAAAUGUGGAGACAGGCACCAUCUCCUUGAUUGUGGGAAUUCUCCUCCCCAGAUUUCUGAGCUCCUGGUAAAGAUAGACGCCAUGGUAGCAGAAAACCGUGAAGAAUUCUUAAUCCCCCAAGUAUACUAUGAACUGAUGGAGACUACAAUGCCAAGGGAAGUGACCGAGCUGAGAAGGAUGUAUGAAGACCGAGAGGACAGACUGAAACAGAAAUACAAAACAGAGUUGAAGGAAAAGGAAGACGAGCUGAAGAAGUAUAGAGAAGAAGAGAAGCCUAAAGAAAGGUUGAUGAAGAGGACAAGUAGCAGUCAACUACUUCCCCCCAGUAUAAGCACAGAGAAGCAGGACCGGUCGGUAAUGGCUGACCAUCAGAAGGUGGACCUACAGGCCGUCAAGCAAGGAUACAGGGAAGAGGCCUUGUCUGUGGUGGCCCACUACGUCAAACCACUAAUAGUGAUUAUGACUGCUGUAGUGGGGGCACUCAUGGGAGCAGUUGCAGGUGCACAACAUGGAACACUUGGCGCGUGUAUUGGGAUUCCUAUAGGCAUUAUUUUGUCUGUUCUUGUGAGUUACGCUGUCCGUGGAGCCGCCACAGCAGCAAGGGAUAUUUCCAUCAAAGUCAAAGCUGAGGAAAAUGAAAGCCAGAGGAGAGAAGAGAGAGCAGACUUCUUCUUAGAUUCUCCAAAAUCUAAAAGAUUUGAUAAGGAUCAGUGACACUCUUUUGGAUGUCAGCACUAUUCUAUUGCUACAGUGUGUCGUGUAUGGACUGUGCUGUAUGGACUGUGCUGUAUGGACUGUGCUGUAUGGACUGUGCUGUAUGGACUGUGCUGUAUGGACUGCCACUCUCAUGGUUCACCUGACUUGACUGGCUGACCCCAGUGAAGAGACAGGACAGACUGCCCAGCAAACCGGGAACAUACCCAGAACAUAAGAAAGGGUUUUUAUACAACAUUAGGACGUUCUCCUAACAUUCACAAAAACGCACCACAUCUGUAACAACCACCAUUCCCCAAACAGUUUCGUUAUGUUUCCUGGUAAUGUAAUAACACAAUGUACCAGCAAUGUUUUUAGAACAUACUGCUGCAACAAAAUGUAUGCGCAAUGUUCUGGGAACGUUCUUGCAACAUCAGGCGAAUGUUUUAUACAAACAUUGUAUAAUUGUCAGCGCAACUAGACAGUUUUUGUGUUAUGAUAACAUUUGCCGCAACCUAACAAAUGUUCUGGGAAUUUUCAGAGGAACAAUUUUGGUUUGUUAGACUCUUGCCCUCUCGCCCUCUCUCGCCCUCUCUCUCCCUCUCUCUCUCUCGCCCUCUCUAUCUCUCGCCCUCUCUCUCCCUCUCUCUCUCUCGCCCUCUCUCUCUCUCGCCCUCUCUCUCACCCUCUCUCUCUCUCACCCUCUCUCUCUCACCCUCUCUCUGUCACCCUCUCUCUCUCUCUCUCUCUCGCCCUCUCUCUCUCACCCUCUCGCCCUCUCUCUCUCUCUCUCUCUCGCUCUCUGUGUGUAACUGAUGGUUGUUGUUGAGAGGUUUUUAUUAUUGUGUGGGGGUGAAUGUCUGCACCCUUUGCGACCUGAUGGAUUGUGUUGAUCUGAGUCCUACUAUACUAUUAUCUGGUGUAGUCAUGUUAUCCAGUAGCUGUAGAAAUAUACCAGAAGUAGAAUCUUUCUGUACAAACAGCAAGGGAAUUUACUCAAACGAAAGGGCAGUUUGCUCUGGAUUUACUCUGACAGCUGCGGAAGAGAAGGAUGGUAGCAGACUUGAGAACUUCGGGAAGACAUGAAUCAUAUUCUUCUCAGCUUUUUAAAUGAUCACUGUUCAAGGAUUUCACAGAGACACAUUUAACAUACAGCACAGUAGGCUUGAGCACGAAUGCAUAUAUUUCAGUGAAUUAAAUAAACAAAUGUGAGAUGCCACAUACUCUUUUGCAAUAAAAAAGGUGAUACAUUGUAAGGAUGAAUUCAAAACGGUUCUGUUUUCAUAUUGUACUUUAUUUCAAAACUGUAUCACCACAGAAUUCCCUCUGUUGACCCACAGUUUUCUCAUACUGUAUUUGUUCACUCAAAAGUCUGCACUGAAGCGCUCACUAAACCCACCUUAUUACAGUGCACCUCACCCUGGUACCCAGCUAACCAGGAGAUUAUUGCACUGAACAUUCUAUUCUAUACUCAAUUCAUCUUUAAUAUGAUAUAAAAAAUUAAACACAAAUCCUAGUAUAGAA